AUGAAUUCUGGGAUCGGUUGGAGUGAACUUAAACUUAAUACUGCAAUUAAAGAUUAUAAUGACAAAAAAUAUAAACAAGCCUUUGAAAGCUUUUAUGAUUUUGUUACCACACCCCGUAGUGAAUCUAAAAAACCCGGUGUCGCGGAAUAUCUUCAUAAAUAUAAAAAGUAUGAGGACGCUUGGAAUAUUUAUUCAGAAUUAGCCAAGGCAGAUAAUAUUAAAUUAGAUGCAUUAAAACGAAUGGCAAAUUAUUAUAACAAUGGAUAUGUCAAAAAGGAUGAAAGGCUUAUCUUUGAAAUUGCAUUAGAAUUAUAUACCAACGAUAGUGAAAUUAAUUCUUCGAUCUUUGGCCGUCGAGAAGGAUCAGCAUCCCAACAACGACUAAUAAUUAGUGAAAUCAAUUGUGGCGUUUGGUUUGGAAAUUCUGGCCUUAAGCCAUUACAAAUUUUAAUCUCCAAAUUAUGA